CCUUUUCUAGCUCCUCUUUACACUCUGUUAGUCUCUCCAACUCCCAACCAAAUCAUCAUUGCACCAACCUCUUACUAUUCCCUAAAUAUCAAUCACAUGUAACUCCUUGCUAGUUAUCUAUCUCCUUGCUCUUCAUCACAUUCAUACACACACUUUCAUGUUCCUCAUCAAAUUAAACCAUGUCUUCCAAACUCCACAAACUCAAAUCCAUCUUCACAACCAAAAAAACCUCCACCAACUUCAACACUAGUACUAUGAUCAUGUCCAAAUAUGCCACCAUGGAACUCCCAAACCAACUCAAACAAGUGUUCAACCUCAUAGACUCCAAUGGUGAUGGCAAGAUAUCUCCAUUGGAACUCAAACAAGUCCUUCAGAGUUUGGGUUAUGACAAGUCCAUAGCUGCCAGAGAAGCUGAAGGAAUGGUCAAAGAGAUGGACAGUGAUGGAGAUGGUUUCAUUGAUUUGGAGGAGUUCAUGAAGGUGGUGGCAAAAGAUGGUGAUUAUAAAAAAUUGAAUGAGGAGCUCAUGCAAGCUUUCUUGGUCUUUGACAUUGAUAAGAAUGGGUUUAUCUCGGCCAAGGAACUCCGGCGUGUGCUCGUUGGCCUCGGCCAUGGCUCAUGCAGUGUUGAAGAUUGCCGUGCCAUGAUCAAAGCUUUUGAUAAAAAUGGUGAUGGUCUUGUGGAUUUCAAUGAGUUUCAAGACAUGAUGACAAUCAACACAAUCAUUAAUUCUACUUCUAAGAAUCACUUCUCAAAUUAACUACACUUUCUUCAUCAUGUGUUUAAUAACUUUUAUUCUUAAGAAUAGAGAGAUAUUUUGGUUAUUUUUCUUUAUUCUUUUUU